UUUCCGCAAGAUAACCUAGUUCAGGCUGUUGCUUCAAUACAAGCAAUGUGAAGUUAGGUUUUUGCUUUGAAAUUUUACUUGUUUGUGUUAUUACUAAUAGUGUAUUUUUCUGUUCUUACAGGUGUUAAUUCGGAUGGAUAACCAGUCAACAUAAUUUAUUCUUUAUCGUUUCAGAUCCGAUUCUUCUAGAUUUCACACACACAGCAUUAAAGUCUUCUGAUUAAAAUUCAAUAUUAAAACAUUCGACAAUGAUCACAACAUUUAUUCAAAUUUUAUUUUAUUUUCCUUCGACUGAAUCUCCGCCCAGGACCACCCGAACUCCACUUACCUCAGCUGGGACCUUCCAAUUCCAACACAAAAAAACCGACCCCGACUGGUUCCAGACCCGCUGUGCAGCGACGCCUUCCCCAAACGAAUUGCCGAACGAGAACACCAGUCCCGCCGAAGAAGCACUUUCGACUGCCCCCGGAUCAGGUAGCGUAAUAUGACAGAAGGUGCCACGUCGACAGCGGUUGAAUGUCUAGGUAAUUCGCUGGAUGUUGUUGACCACAACGAGCAACAGGACGCACCGAGGACGACGUCUAUCGAACUUAAUCUGCUGAAGCACACCGGAUCGGGAGCGGCGGAAGAUUCUACGCAGAAGCAGCAUCAUCAUCAACAGCAGCAGCAGCAAGUCGUCGAGAUGACGCAGAAUAAGGUAUCAAAGAAGGAGCAACUGCCAGAUCGCGGUUCCUGGGGUUCGAAGCUGGACUUUAUCCUGUCCGUCGUCGGGUUGGCCAUCGGACUGGGCAAUGUGUGGCGUUUUCCUUACCUCUGCUACAAAAAUGGUGGCGGAGCUUUCCUGAUACCGUACUUCCUUACCCUCUUCCUGGCGGGGAUUCCCAUGUUUUUCAUGGAACUGGCCCUGGGACAGAUGUUGACCAUCGGUGGACUGGGUGUGUUCAAGAUUGCACCCAUCUUUAAAGGUAUUGGUUAUGCGGCAGCCGUAAUGUCCUGUUGGAUGAACGUGUACUAUAUCGUUAUUUUGGCGUGGGCUAUCUUUUACUUUUUCAUGUCACUACGCACUGACGUUCCCUGGCGUACCUGUGAUAAUGCGUGGAACUCUGUGAACUGUGUGAAUCCCUACGAUCGGAAGAAUUUGCUUUGUUGGGAAUCGCUGGGUGUCAACAACACACUGACCAAAAUAUGCUCUCUGAACUCAAACAACGUAUCCGUGACGGAAAUGUCCGAUCCCGUGAAGGAAUUUUGGGAGCGUCGUACUUUGAUGAUUUCGAGUGGUAUCGAUGAGGUAGGUUCGAUUCGAUGGGAACUCGCUGGAACCUUGUUGCUGGUUUGGAUCCUGUGUUAUUUCUGCAUCUGGAAAGGUGUCAAAUGGACUGGAAAGGUCGUGUACUUCACUGCCCUGUUUCCCUACUUCCUGAUGACCAUUCUGCUGAUUCGUGGCAUCACUCUGCCCGGAGCGGCUGAGGGUAUUAAGUUUUAUGUCACCCCUAACUUGUCGAAAUUAUCCGAAUCAGAGGUGUGGAUUGAUGCUGUAACGCAAAUCUUCUUCUCGUACGGUCUCGGUUUGGGAACACUGGUCGCGCUGGGAAGUUACAACAAAUUCACCAACAACGUCUACAAAGAUGCACUGAUCGUAUGUGCGGUCAAUUCGAGUACCAGUAUGUUUGCCGGGUUCGUUAUCUUCUCCGUGGUUGGAUUUAUGUCUCAUGAACAACAGAGGCCCGUUGCGGAAGUCGCAGCCUCCGGUCCUGGGUUGGCAUUUUUGGCAUAUCCUUCGGCCGUCCUACAACUGCCGGGUGCCCCGCUGUGGUCGUGUCUGUUCUUCUUUAUGCUGCUGCUGAUCGGUCUCGAUUCGCAAUUCUGUACGAUGGAAGGAUUUAUCACGGCCGUCAUCGACGAAUGGCCCCAUCUGCUCAGACGGCGCAAGGAGUUGUUUAUCGGUGUGGUGUGUCUAAUUAGUUACCUAGUUGGUUUGACGUGUAUUACGGAGGGCGGAAUGUACGUGUUCCAAAUCCUGGACUCAUAUGCUGUGAGCGGUUUCUGUUUACUGUUCCUGAUGUUCUUCGAGUGCAUCUCGAUCGCAUGGGCUUUCGGUGUGGAUCGUUUCUACGACGGUAUCAAGGACAUGAUCGGUUACUACCCACUUGCCUGGUGGAAAUUCUGCUGGGUUGUCACUACUCCGGCGAUCUGUGUUGUAAGUAUGGUGGUACCCGGUUGAUCCGGCAGGGCAGGUAACUUGUUUUCAGAACUGACAUUAGACGAGGUUUUCGAGUGGUUGUGGACUUUUCGAGUGAGCGUAGUUUCAGGCUUCGGGGGAUGACACUAAGGAUCGUCGAGGGAUACCGUAAAGAAGCAGAAAUGGUAAUUUUGGAAAAGAUUGCUUCAGUUUCUCGUUUCAGCUAGGAUGAGUUCGAAAGAAAUCCAAGUGUAUUGGCACUAUUUUUGAAGCAGUGCAGUGGAUGGCAACUGUCGCACGGUGAUCGGAUUUUUUGUAUUGCUUGUACUAAAUUGAAUAUUUGUAUAUCAAAUUGAAUUAUUUUCCUUAAA